AUGGGCAGCGUGGUGGCCCUCAGCGAGGAAUAUGGCCGUCCUUGGCCGGAUUCAAGCUUAGAGAAGCCACCAUGCCCUUGGGGUGACUUCCAGUCUUUCGUCGGCUCAUCCCCUGACGCGCUUGCCAUUGCUUGCACCCAUCAGCCCCCAGGGUUGUUCGGCAUCCCAAACUUGCCAUUGGACCAUGAUGCCUUCCGUGAGCACCCUUAUCUCCGCUGGUCCUUCAGAAGUCUCAACCGGGCCAUCGAUCGGCUCGUCAGGGCAUUGAGGCCACUAGACGUCAAGGGCGGCGCACCUUUGGUAACCUUCUGCCACAACAGCGCCGAGUAUGUGCUGGUUGCCUAUGCCGCGAUCAAACUUGGCUGCAUCAUCAUCCCCAUCAGUCCUCGCAACCUAACAAACGAGGAAGAGGUCAGGCACAUGGUCAGGACGGGCCUGAGUGUCUGCAACGGGGAGAAGCCCGUCGUGGUCGCCGGAGACGAGCACUUGGCAUUCCAGAUAGACGUGCAUGGGCUUUUCCCCCAGCCUCCACACAAGAUCGUCCUUGGUGCCACCAGAUAUGCCGACUGGACCCCCUUCCAGAGCCUCAUGGACCAGACCGUCCCAGGUGCUGACGACGGCACCCUGACCCCGUCGGUCCCGGAGCAAGGGGGGUGUGUUCUGUUUACCUCUGGGACGACCUCGCUGCCCAAAGGCAUCUAUCGCACGCACGCGAAUUGGGCCAUGGCUCUUGCUGGCAGGAAACUGAUCGAGGGCCGCAUGCGGGCGGGCGACCGCAGCUGUUGCAACCUCCCCAACAACCACGCAAUGGGGUUCAUCACCCUGACCAGCUCCCUCAGCCUGGGCACCAGCGUUGUGUUCCCCGGCUCCGCUUUCAAUCCCGACCUCAUGCUGGAGACGAUGUACGCCGAAAGAAUCACGCAUGUAAUCAUGGUCCCGACGAUGCUGCACGCACUUACUGCAGCCAAGGCGGCCAAGUAUCCCAACAGGCCAAUGAGUGACCUGAAGAACGUCACCUUUGGAGGCUCGUCUCUGACCCCGGAGACGCUGAGCCUCGUAACGCAGGAGCUCGGCGGUGGUGGCGCAGAGAAUAUCUUCGGCUGUACCGAGGGUUUGUUGAUCUCCAGCGGGUGUACGAACGACUUCAGCAAGAUCGUCGACGGGGACGACGUCUCGGUCGGCUGGCCACUGCCAGGCUUCGGCACGCGCAUCGUCGACCCCGAGACGGGCGAGGUGGUCCCGCGCAACUCUAUAGGCGAAGUCCACGGCUGCGGACCCAGUGUUGACGGACCUUACAUUGGCGGCGUUGGGAAGGAGAACUGGUAUGAGCUGGAUGGGAGACUAUGGUACAAGACUGGCGAUGCCGGUAGGAUGGACGACCAGGGGCGGACGUUUAUCACAGGGAGGUUCAAAGACAUGAUAAUUCGCGGUGGCGAAAACAUCUCACCGUCCGCCGUUGAAGGGAUACUGGGCAAGAACCCCACGCUGAACGCGCUCAUCCCGCAGAUAGUUGGCGUCAGGGAUGAAAUUGCAGGCGAGGUGCCCGUAUGCGUGAUCAAGGGGUCCGCCAGUCCCGAUAUUCGCGAGCUUAUCCAGUCCGAGAUUUUACAACACAUGGGCACUCUCUACGUGCCAGAAGACGUGAUCCCGGUGAAGGCACUUGGCUUGGAGGACUACCCGCGGACAACAUCCGGCAAGAUUCAGAAGGCCAAGCUCGCCGCGUUGGUUAAGAAGCACCUGUCCAGCAGCGAAGAAGCUGAGAACGAAGCUACCGGGAAUGAUGCCAGUCUGACCGAAGAACUGCGGUCAAUCUGGGCCAAGGCGGUCGGCCUGGAGCCUUCGAGGAUACGGCUGGACGCCCCGAUUGGCGAGUUCGCCGACAGCAUCACGGUGAUGCGCGUGCGUGACAGGAUCAAGCGCACGACCGGCAAAGCCCUGUCGCUAUCAGCGAUGGCAGAGGCAGGAACAAUUGAGAAGCAGAUCGAGUUGCUGCAGAGCAUGGGAGCUGGCCAAGCAAACGGGACCCAAGAAGUGCGCGUCGAGAGACCGGCUCGCGAGGGCACGCCAGGGGUGGAGGAUAUGGUCCACCUGAUCGAAGACCCGGAGUUGUUGGAGCCAACGAAGGAGCUGGUCACCAAGACGAUUUCCAGCUUGGGUCUUGGCUGGGAAGACGUCGAGGAUGUGAUUCCCGCGUACGACUUCGGGACGAUCAUGUCGCAGACGAAGCUGUACGACAGCUGGAACUUCAACUUUUCCAUACACCCAAGCCGGAAGGUCGACAAAGAGCACCUCCGCCGCGCCUUUGAGGCCGUUGUUAUUAACAACCGCAUCCUCGCAUCCUUCCUCGUCUGGGACGAGAAUAAGCUCAACUCGGAUGACGCUCUCCACGUGGUCAUCAAGCAGAGCCCGAAGUUCUUUGACAUGAUUGUUGAAGAUGGCGGCUCGCUCGACACUGUCGAGCAGCUAAAGAACCUCUCGCAGCAUCAUCCUCACCCAGACUACGCCACGCUCCCGGGACCAGUGUACCGCACCAUGCUCUUCGACGUUAAAGAGACCGGCACCGCUGCGAUGGUGAUUUCGGUCCACCACUGUGUAAUCGACGCGUCCAUGGCCCAGAUUACUCAGGAGGACAUGGACCGGGCCCUCGGAGCCAUGGCGGCUGGUGCAGCCUCGACAGAGGAGAUCCUGUCAAAACUGCACCCCCACGUGGAUUAUAAGCCGUGGGCCGACUCCUACUACAACCUGCGAUCUGGGGUCGAGGCCCGCGCGGCAACAAAGUGGCAUCUUAGGCGGCUGGCCUCACUGCCACAGCAUGUUGAGGCAGGUGCAUUGUUCCCAACCACCCUCAUCACACCGCGCGAAAAGUACAACGCCGCACUGGUGGAGGGCGACGACUGCAUCCCAAUCACCUUCGACGUACCCGAUAUCCACGCGCUGCGCAAGGAGUUCCCAGAGAUCACGGCGCAGGCGGUGGUCAAGAGCGCGGUGGCGCUGAUGAACGUGCACCGGACGGGCCACUCGCACGCGCUCUUCACCAACCACGAGGCGUCGCGGACAAACUUCCCCUUCGUGCCCAAGGCGAUGGCGUCCCUCAGCCCGAAGCUGUUCGAGGCGACGGACGUGAGCGGGCCGACGUAUCAGAACGUGAUCAACCUGAUCGAGGUCAGCAAGACCAACAGCGAGACGGUGCUGGGGUUCCUAAGGCGAGUGCAGAGCGAGCAGACGCUCCUGACGAAGCACGCAGCAGCACCACUGAGGGAGAUCAUGGCCGGCUUCGAGGGCGGCAGGAACCUCGUGGCGGAUGUGAUCGGGGCGCAGGUGUACAACUGGGUGCCCGGGCUGGGGACCACGGGGACGAACCCGCACAACCACCACGAGGUGCUGAGCGCCGUGGUUAGGCCUCACCUGGGGCUGAGCCUGAACUGCGGGCUGGGUGGGCCCCAGAACCAGACCGUGAUCGUGCAGGUGCGCGGCGACGGGUUUGAGCUGGAUGGGCUGCGGAGGGUCGGCGAGGAGAUCGAGGCUAUCACGAAGUGGCUCGUGACGAGGGGCAACUGGGAAGCACCAGUGGGAGAAUACGAGCGUGCUCUUCAGGCUUGGUGA